AUGGCGUGUCGAAACGUGAUGUCCUUCAACAUCCUCAUCGGCGGCCUCAUCCACAACGGGGACAUCAACGCUGCCCGCAAGCUGUUCGAUGAAAUGCCGGAGAGGAACCUCGCCACCUGGAACGCCAUGAUUGCCGGGCUGGCUCACUUCGAGCUCGACGAGGAGGGACUCGAGUGCUUCCUGAGGUCGAGGAGGGAGGGCCUGCGUCCCGAUGAGUUUGGUUUGGGGAGCACCUUGCGAUGCUGCGCCAGAUUGAAGGAUGCAGGUUCUGGUCGCCAAAUCCAUGCCUUCGUGGUUAUCAAUGGGUUUGAGCAGGACAUGUGUGUUGGGAGCUCUCUAGCUCACAUGUACAUGAGAAGUGGUCAUCUUGAAGAAGGAGAAAGGGUUCUGAGAGGAUUGUCUUUCCUCAAUGUGGUCUCUUGCCAUACUGUGAUUGCAGGAAGAGCACAAAAUGGGGACCCUGAAGGGGCCUUCCACCAUUUCAUCCUCAUGAAGAAUGUCGGAUUGUUGCCAGACCAUAUUGGAGGGGAGUUGAUGGACUACAUCAUCGUACUUCAUGGUUCCAAAGCAGUUAAGACAUUUUGCAGCCGAAUGCAUUUUUCUCUAGGUGCUGGUCUUAGUGCUGCAGCAGGGCCUAUUGGUAGAGUCUUGGAAGUAGAUCCAAGAGCUGGAGAUAAAGGGUACAAAUUGCUAGUGAACAUUGAAGAUAUCACACUUUUUUAUGAGUUGGAGUCAAUAUCUGCUAAUUGUCUGGUUGCUUAUAUGUGGUCGAGCAAUGCGUGA